AUGCACACGAAAAUGUCUUCAAGCCAGCUGGAUGGCCCGCUUGUUACCAAGUACCGUACGCGAACGUUCUUAGGCUUUGCACUGAUAGGUCUUGCAACCACCAUCCUCACACGCGUUAGCCACGCAGCAAACUAUCUCAUCAUCCCAUACCCAAAGGCCAUCGUCCUCCUGCUCGAGCUUCUUCCGUCUUGUCUAGCCAAACUAUUGCUACCUUCAGUCUUUGGCUACAUCCCUCAAAAUGCACGCCUUGUCCUGUUGGCUGGAUUAUGGUUACUAGUCAAGGUUGUCGUCUCCGCUACGCCCCCGAACGUACUGCCUCCUGUGCGCGUUCUGAUGACACUGUUGGCUGCCUCCUCCUCGGCUGCUACUGAGCUUUGUUGCUUGGACUCGGUUCGACGCUAUGGUCGCCUCGGACUCAUUGCCUGGGCUGCCGGCACCAGCCUUGGCCAAAUGGCAAAUGCUACAUGGCCUUUAGUGCUGACGUCGUCCAUGGGAAUGACACUGAGGGAGGGGACUGGAUACAUGUAUCCAUUGAUUUUCACGAUUCUUUUUGCCUACUUCGUCGUAUUGCCAAGGAGCUCUUCUGCAACUGGCAAUGGAGAUGUUGAUCUGGACAAUCGAUACACAGCGAGCUACUACGACACAUCGCUGAUGGAGGCCACCUCGACGACACUGGACAAAGAUCCAAGGAAAAUAUCUCGGAACCCCGGAACGUUGGCUGCUACGACGAUGCAGUACCUACCUACAAUAUUUCUUGCUUCAGCUGCGCAGGCCAUGGUGUUUCCCGGAGUAGCCCUCGCCCUCGAUGGUUCUUCGUUUUCCUCCCUCCUGUCGUGGACAUCUGCGCUUGCCUUUGCGCUUUAUCUUGGCAAUUUCACAGCACGAUUGUCAACAAUUCCAUUCCGACUUGGGAACCACAGGGUUGUUUUGAUUCUAUUAGCCUGGAUGGUGGCCUUGUUGUUGGCAGACUCCAUCUUCUUCCUUGGUUCUAGUUGGGUUGUGCUUGGUGUGGCCCUUAUUUCUGGCUUGUUAGGAGGCGCAGUAUACAUUGAGGUGUUUGACGGCGUACUGAAAGCGGUUUCUGACCAUUCGGACUGCUUAUUGAAUCUUGGUAUCGUCAGUGCCGGUGACACAAUGGGCAGUCUAUUAGGCGGGUUGGUUGGCUUGCUAUGGGAGGCGGCAAUUUGCAGUAUGACUGUAGAUACAGGGAGGUUCUGCCACAGAGCCCGUUGGAACCGAGACUACAGUCUGUAA